AUGGCUUUCUUUCUACCCUCUCUCUCAAGUAGUAUUUUUCUUGCAUUCAUGUUGUUCUCCAUCACCAGCAUCCCAACUCAAUCGCAACAGGUUAAUGGAACAGACUUUUCAUGCCCAGUGGAUUCACCUUCUUCCUGUGGAACAUAUGUGACAUACAUUGCUAAAUCUCCAAACUUCUUGAGCCUUUCUAACAUAUCUGACAUAUUUGACACCAGCCCUUUAUCCAUUGCAAGAGCAAGUAACAUAAAGAAUGAGGGUGACAAGCUGGUUCCAGGCCAAGUCUUACUGAUACCUGUCACUUGUGGUUGCACUCAAAACCAAUCUUUCGCCAAUAUCACCUAUGAGCUAAGGCAGGGUGAUGUCUACGACAUUGUCUCAAAAACAACAUAUGAGAAUCUCACAAAUUGGCGUGCUGUCAACGAUUCAAACCCAGAUUUGAAUCCAGUUCUGCUGCCAAUAGGUGUGAAAGUAUUGUUCCCUUUAUUCUGCAGGUGCCCUUCUAAGAAACAGUUACAGAAAGGGAUAGAAUAUAUGAUCACCUAUGUGUGGCAGAACAAUGACAAUGUUUCCUCUGUAGCAGCCAAGUUUGGUGCAUCGCCGGUGGACAUAUUGUCCGAAAACAACUACGGUGGAAACUUCACAGCUGCAACCUAUCUUCCGGUUUUGAUUCCUGUGACGAAGUUGCCAGUUCUUACUCAACCCGAGGCUUCACAUGGAAGAAAGAGAAGCAUUCAAAUCCCUGUUAUAAUUAGUAUUAGCCUGGGGUUCACCCUUGUUGUUGCUGUUAUAGUAAUAUCAAUGGUUUAUGCUUAUCUUUAUCAGAGAAAGAGGAAUUUGAAUAGGAGAGACUCAUCUGCUGGGACAGCAGAUAAGCUACUCUCUGGAGUUUCAGGCUACGUGAGUAAGCCAACCGUGUAUGAAGCCAAUGAGGUUAUCAAAGCCACCAUGAAUCUCAGCGAACAGUGCAAGCUUGGGGGCACAGUUUACAAGGCCAAAAUAGAAGGGCAGGUCUUGGCAGUGAAAAAAGUGAAUCAAGUAGUUUCUGAGGAGCUGAAUAUUCUGCAGAAGGUGAAUCAUGGAAACCUGGUGAAACUGAUGGGUGUAUCUUCAGACAGUGAUGGAAACCAUUUCCUGGUUUAUGAGUAUGCUGAUAACGGGUCCCUUGAUGGGUGGCUCUUCUCCAAGUUGUCUUUGAAGGCCUCGCUUACAUGGUAUCAGAGGAUUAACAUAGCAUUGGAUGUUGCCAUGGGUCUGCAAUACUUGCAUGAGCACACUUAUCCAAGAAUAGUCCAUAGGGACAUCACAACAAGUAACAUCCUUCUUGACUCCAACUUCAAGGCCAAGAUAGGGAACUUCUCCAUGGUCAGAACUACUACGAAUCCCAUGAUUUCCAAGAUCGAUGUCUUUGCUUUCGGGGUUGUUCUCAUUGAGUUGCUGACAGGCAAGAAAGCCAUGACAACAAAGGCAGAUGGCGAGGUAGUAAUGCUGUGGAAGGAUAUUAGGAAGAUGUUUGAAGUGGAAGACGAAAAGGAAAAGGAGGAGUGUCUGAGAAGAUGGAUGGAUCCUAAGCUAGAGUGCCUUUACCCUGUGGAUUAUGCUCUCAGCUUGGCCACGUUGGCCGCGAAUUGCACGGCCGAUGUAUCAUUGUCUAGACCAACCAUGGCAGAAGUUGUUCUUGGCCUCUCCCUUCUCACUCAACCAUCUCAAGCUGCACUAGAGAGAUCAUUGACUUCUUCUGCGUUGGAAGCAGAGGUUACUCAUGUGGCUACUCCCAUAGCAGCACGUUAAUUGGUGACGAAAGCAAUUCAGUUUCUCAGGUUCAAGAGAGUGUUUUCUUCACAUGACUAUUGCCUAUAAGCUUUGUUAAUAAGUGUCCAAGUUUAUUGUCGGUUUAAAGUUUCUUUGUUUCAUCCCUUAUAUUCUUUAUCUGU